GACACUGUUGCGCAUGCGCACUACAAUUUCGCAUGGUUCUCUUCGUUCUUUCUCUCCUUCUUGUCUGUUGCAAGGCCUAAACAUGUCGGCGGAUCUGCAAUGGCUCAUCGUUCGGAAGACGAACUGCUUCCAGAUGAGGCGCGAUGGACGCAACUUCACCACUGAGCCAUACAAUCUGUCUGGCCGUGCUGUGUUCCGUGAUUGUGGUAUGAUCAAUGGACGCACCGUAACUGUCGAGAACAACCCCAAGAAGAAGGGAAUUCUUGUGGGUAUUUCUCGCCGUUCAGCCGUGAACAGGCCUGCCAAGCGCUUUGCAAUGACCCGCCUCAGCAAGGGCAGCCGUCGUGUUGUCAAGGGUCUGCGUAAGAACUUGGUCAACACCCAAUACCGUCCCGACCAGGCCGAUAUUGCAGUUCGCCGUGCUUGCGCACUUAUCCGUGCUUCAAAGAACAAGCCUACCAAGGCACCCAAGCGCCGUCAUCACAAGAAGAACUGAGCAGACAAAUAAAAUCAUGAACAUGUAGGCCAAAUCA